GUCAGGGUACGCGUGACGUAACGGGAACGCCCAGCAGACGCCACGAGUCACGUGUUUGGGACUGGUUCUGUAGUUAGAUGUUUUAAAAUCGUUUUUAAUUAUUUGAUAUUUUGUUGGAAAUGCACCCGGCUUUUCUUCAACCCAUUAUUGCUAUGAAAGACUACAAUGCCGGGGUUUGAACUGGAGCCCGUGGAUGGUGGCGGUCCUAUACCUCUACCCCAGGGGGAAACGCUGCUGGGAAGAGGCCCGUUUCUUGGGGUCACUGAUAAAAGGGUGUCCAGACAUCAUGGUCUGCUGGAGAACAAUGAUGGACAGCUGCGCAUUAAACCUGUAUGCAUCCCAUCUGUGACCCCCUCCAUGAACUCCUACUUCACGCAUGCGAACCCCUGCUUUUGGCAGUCCGCUCUGGAGGAUCUCCCACGGGCCCUGGAAAAGGACAGGUGGCACCCCCUUCACGCAGGGGAAAUCUUCUCCCUCCUGCCAGGAAAGUACAUCUAUAGGGUCGUCUCCACCAAGGAGGAAAACACACAGAGUAACAGGCAAGUUCUGGCGGAGGAUGAGACGGGUAAGAGGAGUCAGGAGCAGAAUGGACUGAGUGACCCAGGAAGACCUGAUACCGCGGAGCGGCGCACAGAGUCUGCGCCGUCAGACUUCAGAAGAGAGGACGAUCGCGCUCGCUCUCCGAAGCAGGCCAGCACAGUGGAUUCUGGGAUUGAACGGCCGAAGGCAGAAGAGAGGAAGCGGGUGCUGCCUGCGUGGAUGAUGCAAGCGGCCGCUUUCGUCCAGAGCCCCCCCACACCUAAAGGCGGUAAGAGGGGCAGAGGGAAGGCAACCCCAUCCCAAGCCAAAGCGCCCAGCUCCACCCCGGGAGGGAGAAGAACCGCCUGCUCAGGGGAUGAGACAGAGCAGAGUGAAACAGAGCAUUCACUCGGGCAGGGGAGGAAGAAGAGGAAGAGCAGUGAAGACGUCCAGAGCCCCUCCACCUCGAAAGGUGUUAAAUGGGGUGGGGGGACGGUAACCCCAUCCCAGGCCAAAACGGCCAGCUCCUCGCAGGGAGGGCAAAGAGCCGUCUCCUCAGGGGAUGAGUCGGAGGAGGGUGGAACAGAACACUUCCUCGGGAAGGUGAUGAAGAGGAAGAGGAGCAAUGAGGAAGAUGACACACGAAGCAAGGCCUCUGCGUCAUUCGUGACGAAGGCCAGGCGCCCAGUGAGGCCCAUCCAGGCGGAGACGAGCGAGGAGUCCGACGACCCUGAGAGACCGGCUGGAAGCAACAGGGAACCUGCUUCUGGAGAUGAGAAGAAGCCGGACUUGGUUAACAGGAAGGAGGGUCCCUCACAGGCAAGGAAUUCACAGCGAGUCCCCUGUCCCUACGGCAACGACUGUUACAGGAAGAACCCCAUUCAUUUCAAAGAGUGCAGCCAUCCUGGUGACAGCGACUAUGAGGAGAAGCCCGCAGACGAGGACGAGGACGACAGACCAGAGUGUCCGUAUGGGACCAGCUGCUACAGGAAAAACCCACUGCACAAGAAAGAAUACAAACACACUAAGGAUCCAGCUAAAAGGGCUUCAAGACAAGAACAUGCUGAUUUGGAUGACGACAGCUUCAUGGAUGACGAGAGUGAAUCUGUUGAUGAUGAUUCAGACUACGUUCCUUACGAGUCUGAUGACAGUGUGAACACGAAAAAACAGAGAAAGACUCUGCUCAGAAAGUGACCAAAUCUCAUAUUGAAGAUUUAUUUUAAACCAUUCAAAAACACUGGAUAGAAAUAAAAGUGCAAUUGGCGUUUUGCUUAAUGUUUAUAACCCGCAGUGCUUCAAGUGAUGUAGCCUUCAUUCUUGUAGGAUAUCAAACCUCAAGCAGCUUUUCAUUUUCACCCCAAAUUCACCUUUUCAUGUAUUAAGACUUGCCUGGAGGCUGGUUCUGUCUGUAAAAAUUCCGAUGUUGAGAAUGAUUAAUCCAAAAGUGAGGAAUGUUCAUGCAGCACCCUUUCUCCGUACGCUACAAUUAGGAAGGGGGGCCCUGGGUACGUGUCACACCGGCCUGCCGUUUGUAUCGUCCUCCUUACCAUCCAAACUCUCUAAGAAAACACAAUUAACAAUCGAACAAAUGCAAACACCCUCAAUUUUUAAUUAAAAAAAGAAAAGAUAUAAUAACUCAAGCAAAGCAAUAUAUAUAUAUAUAUAUCCCAACCCCAAUGAUUACACAUAACGUAUAUUCAAAA